AACUUCAUCGUGAAAACCUUUGGUCACGUAUACAUUUGAUUCCGUUGCUUACAGCCGAAUUGGAUCGCGAUACAUAUCGUCGUAAUCGUGCUGCAUUAGUGCGUGAAGCCGAAAUAAUGAAAGACGUGCCAGGUUGGAAAGUAGGCGAAAGUGUUUAUAAUACUAAGAGAUAUGUAGGACCAACACAGAUUGUAGUCCCUGAACCAAAUUAA